AUGCCCCGGCUAUCCAGGAUCCGCAGAUUGUCGGAGAGUCUGGGGCUGUGGCUGUGGAAAAGCCCCGCCCUUGGCCAGUACCGGAGCCCAACCUCGUUUCUGGACGGGAUGGGAUACUUCGUCGAAGAUUACGAGCUUCAAUUAUCAGGCAGUACCGUCAGUACUGUCAUUAUCGAUAGUAUCGGCAGUACCGUCAAUACCGUUAGCAUUGACAGUACCGUCGGUAUCGACAGCACCGGCAGUACUCAAGCCCCGGCCGCCCAGCGCCCAGGUGCCAACAAACCCAAGACCCUGAAUGCAGCCAGAACCCUGGCAUCGCGCGACGGCUCUGCAGGUCUACCUGCAGAUCCCAAGGGACUUAUCGGUGCCGCCGCUAGAGAGGGGAGCGGCGUGAAUAGCCCAAAUGUUCGCGAUCGUACCAAUCUGUUUGUCGCCAGCCCCGGCUCCGGCACUGGCCGCAACGGCGCGGGUGGGAGCAGUGCUCCCGGUCCACCACCUUCGGCGAAGCCCAAGGGCCCUCGCCAACAAGCCGAGCCAGCCGUGCGGGACCCGAUUGUGCCCCUGAGCGCCGAGUCGGGCGGCAUGUCAGUGGGCCACACCGAGAUCCGGACCGCGCCUGGCGAGGGGCUCGCGGAACCCCAAUCCCCGGGAUCACGCUGUCUCGUCACACGUUACACACGCUUACGUGCGUCUAGUCGCUGCUUGACAAAGCUCCGGUCUCUGAAUUAA